AACACCAGAUGGCUGCUACCUUUCUGGAGGAGAAGAGACCGGAGCUCAUCCAGAGGGUCACAGAGGUGAUGCCCAUAGCAGACCAGCUCCUCUCCCAGGGGUUCAUUGGCCAGGAGACCUACGCCAAUAUCCAGGCUGCUGCCACCAGUCAGGACAAAAUGAGGCGCCUGUUUCACGGCUUGCGCUCAGCUGGCACUCAGGGCAAACUGGCCUUCUACAAAAUCCUACAGGCACAGCACCACGAUCUAGUGGAGGAGCUGUGGACCAUGGAUUAACUUAGUGAUUACUCAUUAAUCAGUCCCUCCAGGAAAACGCAAUGUUGUGAUUUGCAACUUAAGUGAAUUUCCCCAAAUUCCGUGCAAUAUUGCAACUUUAACCAAUCACCACAAUUUCUCACAACUUUUUCCACCUUUUUGCCCGCUCCUCCAUCCUCCAAAGUCGCUACAGUUUCAAGAUACUUAUUAUUUUCUCAUCACAUAGGCCCUAAAUGUCAUUAACGGACUGUCAGCAGAGAAAGAGAGCGCACAUAGCCUGGCCUUUGCAUUUUUCUUUUAUUUUUUUUGCCUCGCUCAUUGAUUGACAGCUGAUAGACCUCCUUACAGGGUCGGGUUUUUAUAAAUGGCUCUGUAUCAAGGUCAUCUUAGGCCUAUAUUCACAAGAGUGCCAAAAAUAAUAACUGUAACUGUAGCCAUGCUGUGACACAGCCUCUACAAACAGCGCUGUUUCUAAACUAACUGUGCACUAGCCAAGUUCUCUAUGCCUCGUUUUACAUGUCAACAACCCCGCGACUGUGCGAAAUGAAGUAUUGACCAACUUUGAGCCUCGUAAAUGGGUGGAAAGUAGAGAUUUAUAACGAUGGCUAAACAGGUGCCAGACAUUUUACACAGGAUGACUCCUUUAAUGUGCAGAAAAGCCAGAAUAUGUAAAGAAACAGGAAAUUGCCAUUUGUUUGUUCCAAAGUAUUAUAUUACUCAAUCAAAUAAUAACCUGAAAAUAUAGCUGAUUUUUUUAUCCAUUCCGCAAUGAUGUGCGUACUUGAUAAACAUUUUGUAACAAACUGCUUCAAUGCAAUGUGUAAUAAACAUUUCCUUUUGUUUUUUUUACCAAAUAUACGGUUGCUUUACUUAACCCAUUUUGUCCUAAGCCCUUUUUGGGAAA